AUGAACUUGACGUUCCAAAUUCCGCCUCCGUACAAGCAGCUCGCGCUUCGACUGUCGAACCUCACUCGCUGUUACCGUAGCCCGCGCAGCACGAUCAAGGGCAAUUUCAGCUUACAGUUGGGCAUCGACAGCCCUAUUCACUGUCGCGUUUACAUCGUCCUGGGCAACCAGGACGCCAGCGCUACCAGAGCGAAGGCCUGCCGCCGCUUGUGA